AAACGAUCAAAUUCGGGAACCAAAAAGCAGAAGAGAGAGAGGGAGAAUUGCAAAUGCCGUUCUCUCUCUAGUUUCAGGGCUUCUGUAAAAAAAAAAAAAAUUCAAUUGAGCAACAAUUUUGGUGAUAUCGAUGUUUUUGGUCGGUGCGGUUUUACGAUACGGAUCAGUUGCAGCUUGGAUUUUUCAGAUAAUUUUCUGCAUGGGAGCAGUGGUUGUCUUGGGUGCGAUAUUAGGCACGAACUGAUUACUUCAGUUGACGAGCCAUUCAAAGUGCAAAAUAACCACCCUCCGAAAACUUCAAAAGCUACCUUAGCCGAAGAUUUUUGGACAGCCAGCACUUGUGAGAUGGACAAUAGUGCAGUGAAAUCAUGUGAAAGCAUCUCUUCAACAAGUUCGCUGACUCAGAAGCACGAUUCUUGUUCUACUAAACCAACUGAAUUUGUCAAUCAUGGUCUUAUCCAAUGGAACCAGAAUAGAAAGAAAUGGAUAGGCAACAAAAAGCCUGAAAAUCGGGCACAAGAGCUUCGUGAGCCCAAGUUAAGUUGGAAUGCGACCUAUGACAGUUUGUUGAGCAGCAACAAGCCAUUUCGCAGACCUAUUCCUCUUGGCGAAAUGAUAGAUUUUCUGGUAGAUAUUUGGGAGCAGGAAGGAAUGUACGAUUGAGGCGGAAGCAUAAAACGUACAGGUGACAACAAUUGUGGAAUAUUCUCUCCUCAUGAAUGUGUUAAAGAAAUAAUUUAAUUAGUUUCUUUAAAAUAUUUUUGAAGAAGAGGAAUGUGUUGUAUAGCCUGUAAUAGAACAUAACUUAAAAGAAUUCAAAUAUUAUUGGCGCCAUUUUUACUUUUGGCACAU